CAGCGAGUCAGAGCGCUCAUGCUGUGUCACCUGGAUAACUUCCUGGAGAAUCUCGUACUGUGUCCCCUGUGAGGAGCUGGGGGUUAGGUUUGACCUUAUUCUCUAUGGCGUCAUACUUUGAUGAGCAUAACUGUGAGCCCACAGUGGCGGAGGAGCAAUAUCGACAGAAUGCCUUGUUAGAGCUGGCCAGGAGUCUCCUCAGCGGGAUGGAUAUUGAUCUUGGGCCCAUGGAUCUCACAGAUUGGGACCACAGACUUCCCCCGGCGGCUUCCAAAAAGGUGGUAGAAAAUCUGCCAAAAGUCACGGUGACAGCGAAGCAGGCAGACGCUGCCCUCAAAUGUCCAGUGUGCUUGUUAGAGUUCGAGGAGGGUGAGACAGUGCGACAGCUACCUUGUGAACACCUCUUUCAUUCAGCCUGCAUCCUGCCAUGGCUAGGAAAGACUAACUCCUGCCCCCUGUGCAGAGAUGAGCUACCCACUGACAGCCCGAACUACGAGGAGUACAAACAGGAAAAGGCAAGGAGGAAGCAGAAGGAACACAGGCUAGAGUAUCUGCACGACGCCAUGUAUACAUGACCCAGGCGUCUCCAUGGGAUCCCAUUGGCACACUUACACGCAGUCUGAGCCCCCAGCUGGAACACGCUGCAUUACAUGUACAGCCUGCAUAGCAGUCCAGUCACCAGUCCUGAAAGAGGCAUAUUGGUUUUAUACGUGGAGUGUUUUUUUAAU